AUGUACGGAUAUUCGUGUAUUGCAAGCACAAUAGAACUUUUCGGCUGUCAAGUCACUGUUGCAAUCACUGUUGUCCACUACUUCGUUAUGUGCAGGACUAGCGAUCACACUAGCGACCACACGGUCAGCAAGGGUUUCACAGUAACACGAAGAUGCUCGCGGGAAAUGCAACCUUCUACAUCGGAAGAGCAAGAAAAAAUGCAUUGUUCAUUGUGUGGCGUGUGCCCCAUGUACGUAUCUUGUUCUUGUGCUGACGCUGUGAAAUCAGGAAUAUCCUGCAAACACGCGCACGCUUGGGCGCUGAACUAUGAUGUAAUAGAAGGUUCUGAAGAAGAAGUUGUGAGCUUGAGUGACAAGCGAAAGGAGCUUGUAACAGAGUUACAAGAGAUCGUGGAUCGGCUUUCGUUUUCGUGGAGUACUCGACCUGCCGUGGAUGAGAACCGGAUAGCAUCGCUAAUGCGUACUCGAGAUUUACUGCUUCAAGCGGCUAAUGAAGAGUUAGGCGGGCUUCGAAAACCAGUACUUAUACCAAGAAGAGAGUGCCCAACGCGCGGCCGAAAGGUCUUAACAAAACAAGCUCCAGUCAGGCGAAUGGUCAAGUCUAAAUGUGCAGCAGAAUACACUGGCAACAUAGUUGCAGAUGAAUUGAACAUCUGCGUUCUAUGUGAUGACACGCAUCCGCCAUUAGAGGAUCCGAAAGAUGAACCUGUUAUGGAAGGCGCGGACAUCCUUUGGUGGUCAUGCAGAGUUGUCGUGCAUGGGUGCACAGAGAUUGCAUGCAGUGUAGGGAACUGUCCUGUGUGUGAUGGAGUAUUUGAGCCUACAGGUUAA